AAGCCUUGGUUCGCCUCCGGAUGGGACCAGAAUAUCAACAACACACUACGAUGACAUCGGCGUCGUGUCGUCGUUUCGCCGUGAACUAGAAGGUCGUUCGAGCGACUUUCUAGAGGAUGAUCCGUGAAGGGAGAAGACUUAUCUGUCGUGAAGGGAGAGCGGCACAGAUCGGAAUGGCAGGGAGUAAAGGAACAGAAGAGGUGGUCACAGUGUGUCGGUGUUUAACGUCGAACCAACGACCGAACAAACGCGCCUUUCCCCAGUCUUUCAUGUCUCGAGGACCGGUUACCAUCGUUGACUCCGUUGUCGGCCUCGUGUUCCGUGUUUCAUUAUUCGUGAUCGGUUGUUUCCUGUGACUCUUGUUGACGGUGUUGAGGAUGAGGUUGGUUCCUCGUCGAACCGUUGGGUCUUAGUUUCUAGAGCCUGUUGGAGGGUUUUGGGGACCAAGAGCAAACCGGAAGUACCAUGCGGGUGUUCGACAACCUCUGCGCGCUGGGAUACAUCGCGUUCCUUUUGUUGCUUAUCGAGAGUGUACGGGACAGCGAAAGCGGCAAAGUGUCGAAGAGGGCGAAACCAGUGGACCCAGACGCGGAGGACAGCCGCGACAACGAGGACUACUACUACGAGGACGUGGAAGAAAGAAAUAAUCCAACGAACGAGGCACCGGUUGUACCUCCUGGAUUUCUCAGCCCCUCUGUUCGCGAGUAUCUCGAUCUCGGGAAAUCGAUACCCGGUCGAGCAGGCACGGAUUAUCCAGUGCUUGGCAAAGUUCCCUACACGAAUUUCUACUGCGACGACCAGCCAUACCCAGGCUUCUUCGCGGACGUGGAAACAAGAUGCCAAGCGUGGCAUUACUGCGACAUAGACGGCCGCCAGGCGACCUUUCUUUGCCCAAAUGGUACACAAUUCAGUCAAGCAGUGUUCGUCUGCGAUUGGUGGUUCAACGUCAGAUGUGAACUCAGUCCCAAGUUGUACGCCAUCAACAGCCGUCUUUAUGGCAGACCCACGGAGAGUCCAACGAGACCACAUAGACUCAUCACUAAGGAGCUUCUUGAAAAUAUCUUCGUUAGACGGAAAUGAAGCUAAGAAGCGGAGGCUGCGUUCUCGUCUAUUGCCGACGUGACUGAUCGGUCGCAUCAUUAAUUCGUCUGGCAAAAAGGAAUGAAGAGGCUGCUCCAAGGAUUUGUUUCAUUGACGGAGAACCUGUCUGGAUAGACUUGUAUUUUCUUGGUAGAUAAGACGAUUGUGUCGACCGUUUUGCGAAUAGUUGGAACUGGGGAGCAGUGGAUACACAGAAAUGCCUUGUUAGCUGAUUGGGGUUCGAGAUCAUAUCUGGCCAGUUAACCAGGAUAAUAGUGUUACAGGAAAUCCUAAGAACUAUAGGAUUUCUUUAGAAUUUCUUUAGAAGAUGCACGAACUUGUACGUGUGCCUCUGUUAUCCCAAAUAUAGUCGAACGUAACUUGGAAACGCGCAAUUCUUACAAUGAGUAUAUGCAAUUGUUUCUUUCUAUCCAGUAUAAAUUCAGAAAACUAUCACGUCGAAGUUAAUUAGUUGUAUGUAGUUCUAUGUAUUCAUAGAGCUAAAAUAAAAUGUAUGGAUAAGUGCACAUUCUUUCACACUUUCAUACAGAUAGAGCACACGAAUUUUCGUUAUUGACGAUCCUUCGUCACAUGUACAAGUCGGGUCAUGUAGCAUCACUCUCCCAAUUAUAACAAGGCAGUCCUGUAUUUCUUUUUGAUCUACCUAUGUAACAUUGUAUGAGUGAAUGACGGUGAAUGUUAGCGUAGAAUAUCGAUAUAGCAAUCGCGGAUGUAAUUAAUAUAGAGACGAAUAGUCGAAAUAAGAUUAAAAAGGAUACGAUAGAAUUUGUUCGAAGUGCCACUAGGUUGGUUUAUAGGAUAAGCUGUUCGAUGAAGAAUGAGGCGGAGUUUGUUUAAAAACUAGAGGAAACGAUGGACAGUUUAAGUGCCACGAAUUCGACAGCACAUACCGCGGUGUCUGAUUUCGAAUUUCGUCCUGUUUCGUAGGAUGAUAGCACGCAGAUUCACGUUUUAAUAUGUGAAUUAUUAAGCGAGAUCAUUUGAUAAUUUUCAAGUUAUAAAUUAAAUCCGUGAUAUGUGUUAUUAAUGAUAAUAUAGUAACAUAUGUAAUAUUCAACGAAUUAUAACAGAAUUAUUUCGUAUCAUUUAGUUGGAACGAAAUUUCAAGCUCCUAGUACACCUGGACGUAAAGUCGUAUUAUCUGAAUAAAAAUCAUAAUUACUUAGAAUUAUGGUUACAUCGAUUGUUCAGAUAAAUGAAGUUUUAUCGGCAAAGAUAUCUGAAAUAAUAAACGAAAAAAGAAAACUAAUAAAAGACAUUUCAUAUGUUACACAAAAAGUCGAUAAAAUUACUUCACUGUAGUAAUUGAGCUACUCAAUAGUCAAGUAAUUGCUACCUGUAGUAACUAAGAUUUGCAAGCUAGCAUCCCAGAAGAGUAUACGAGAUUUUAAACAAGGACACUCUGGAUAAGAGCAUAUUACAAGUUGUGAAACACGCAAAUCAGUCGAUCAGUAAAAUCGUUCGCUUCGGAAAUCUGUUUGGUUGCUUCGAUCUAAUGGAUUAUCUUCAACAAUAGGAACGAUCUUUGAGUGAUGUGCACGCAAACUCUAUGUCAUUGGUACAAGAAACGACAUCCAUUUAAAAAACGCCGAGGUCAUAAAACCAGACGUACGCGCUCAGACAAUUGCGGUUCCUGUUCCUCAAACUCAAGAAAUCCAUCGUCGAACACUCCACCUUUCCAAAACUCGAAUAUCUUCGCAUGCAAACGCAAUCACACUUUUAACUACCCGUACCAUUCCAUUCCUUCUGUACAAAUUCACUGAAACAAUCUGAAGACAGACAAACCGUAACUCCAAUCGCAACAUUCUUAUUGGAUUAAAUUCCAUCGGAGACGAUGUACUCGAGCCGAGAUAAAAUCAAAACGUACUUCACUCGUAAAUAUAAACGACGAAAGACGAAAAGAAUGAAAGAAAGAAAGGCUCGAUGAGCACCGCUGCGUCAGUAGAAGCGAAGAGUCUUGAAGAAGGACGAUCGCUCGCGAUCUUUCUUCCCUUCCACUAACUCGACGCGGAAGAAGACGGCGCUUCAAUCCUCGGUGCGGUUCUUAAUCGUUGAUGAGAUCGCAUUUGGGACGAGGUACAUCCCUCCUUCGUUCUCUCUACGUCAUGAAAAUAAAGAGCGAUGCCAGUGCACUGGUCGAUCUUUACGGCGGAGGUAGUCGAGUUUUCCCCGGUCAGGUAAUAAUACGCGAGACGAGCUCACCUGUACGGGGAUUUAACGAACAGCGCUGUUCGAUCCAUCUUGGAUCGAGACUCCCCGCGAUACUUCGCAUCGUAAACAGAGAACUUCGUUAUACACGUGUGCUUAAGCCGUGGAUACGCUCUGAGCUGUUCUUCGAUUGGCAACGGAUGACUAGACUUUCACGAUUUGGGAUUUUUAACUUGACAACUUGGUAGAGACGAGUUAAAUAGUCGGUGAAAUUGUUGAUCUUCGUGGAUGCACUAGCGGCUCGAUUUAGGAAUUUCUUAUUAUUUUACGUGUUUCAUCGUUUCUGUUGACGUUAGAGAACGGACAACUCUGACGGAGGAAAAAGUUUACAGUGGUCCGUGUAAACUUAUAAUAUGAAACAGAUGGUCGUAAUUUUGGGAACAUUAUCGCUCUGGAUGUAUAGUAAUUGUUUUUCUAUAUUUCUCGAGUUUAUAUUCGUUUCUCUUCGUUUGUAGUUUAAAAUGAACGUAUUAAUGAAAUUUUUGCGUUACUCCUAAUUAAUUCCCGACAAAUGGCUAUCCGUUCCAAACGAUAUUGGCUAGCGUAUAAUAAAAUCAUAUGAAAUAAAAUUGCCGCAAGUAUGUGGAAAUUGUUUUUCAUAUUUUUUUCCAUUACACUCUCUUCGCUUUAUUUGCAGUGUAAAAUAAACGUAUCGAUGAAAUUUUUAUAUUAUUUCUAACUAGUUCUCGACAAAUGGCUAUCCGUUCCAAACGAUAUUCGCUGGCGUAUAAUAAAAUCAUAAUCACGUAUUGUACGAUUUCAACAUAUAGACACGAAAGUUUCCAUCUGUUAAUCACCAGCGACCGUAAUGGCGGUGAAUCUGUUAAAUCCCACAAAGAACGUCAGGCUAUAUCGAACUGUUUCCCCAGAGUUGUGAACUCCGUCGAAUCCAUGGUGAUUAUUCGCUUAAACAACGAACCACGCGCGCGCAUCCAUUCGAUCAGCUUAUGUCUUACAAUCGCGCGCGGCUACUGCGUAAUUGCAUCGCGUUCGCCCCAAGGCCUGACGCUUCGCUUAGCAACGAACCAAUUGACGAUCGGUCAUACGUGCAACAAUUGCGAUUACACGUGGAACGAUCGCGAUUAUACGCGCGAUAAUGGACCCGGGAAAUUGUUGUGCCACGGCAAACAACUCGACGCGGCUCUGCGUUAUCGUGAAAACGCUACCGAACAAGCAAACACAGGGCUGCGAUAUGGUCAAAGGGGAUGGUUUUCACAGUGGUAUUUUUUGAUCCUCUUGUUUUUCCACUCUUCCUCGAUUGGUUCAUAGUCACUUUUCCGGGGAACUGACUUUGCUUUGGAAAAGUUAUGCUUCCUUCUCUAUGAACUUUUUGAUUUAUAAUGAUUAUUGAGUAACGCAGGUUAUUGAAAAAUUGAAAAGGGUAGUAUUUUUACGAAGGUUUGUUUCUUGAUCCUCUUUCGCUCGAUCUCUGGCGAUUUUUUAGUCAAUGAAUUUACAGGAAAAAUUAUAGUUCCAAAAGUGUUAACUCCUUUACGAAAGAAUCGUCGAGUUGUACAAGCCUCAAUAAAUGAUCGAAGAGAGUAAGUUUCACGGAGCUCUCACUCCUGAUCGUCUACGUUCGUCGAAUUUGCAAGAAUGAUAGUUCUUCUUGUAUUAGAGAAUUGUUAAAGCGUCCAAUAUUAUAGACCCCAGAAACUAAUACAAGAAGAACUGUAAAUUCACCUGUAAAUGUUCUAACAUUACAAACGAAAAUUACGUGUACGUAUAAUAAAUUUUCCUAAUAAAUAAUUCCUCGAUAUAUUCCACACGAUAUCGUCCGAUUUCUAAAAGGUUCGAUAUCAAUACAAAAUAUUGAAGUUCCAAAAUUAACGAACUUCCAAAAAUUAGAGUUAAUUACUUUGGCUUCUGAAUGCCUCGUUCUUCCACGAUGAAUUAACCGAGUUAAUCGAAGUUGGAAAAGAAAAAGAAAAAAAAAAGGAAGAAGGAAGAAAAUAAGAUAUAUCGUUACGAAACAAACAGUUAAUUUACCAUGAUUGUCUGUCAAUCGUCGAUCAUAACGUUUCAUCGUCAAUGCACUUAAAUCACAAUAGGCUACUGAUAGACGGCGGAACGAAUGAGAAAAGAGGAGAGAAAAGGAACAAAGGCGAAGCAACAUUGUUCGCGCGGCGGUAUGGCCAAAAGUCAACGCUUUCAAGAAUCGAUAUCCGCUAAUAGAAUUGUGCACGCGAGCCGAACGAAAUACGACAACAGCAAGUUUGCUGGCAAUUAAUAAUAACGUGUCGUUCGUUUGUGUCCACGGUUUGUCUCCUGAAAACCAUCGUCGCGCAUUUCUCGUUUCAUCGACUCCGUCGUUUCGACUCCGAUCGAUCGUACUUGUGUCUGGCUCAUUGUAAUAGUGAGACGAUAUUAACGAUCAUGCUGAUCUCUCUUUUUAGAGAGACGAUGAUCACGACAAAAUGGUUUAUUUAUGAAAAGUUCGAACUUAUUUGCGAAGAAAAAAAGGACAGUUUGUAGCUGUAUGUACGGUGAUAAGCAGAUAUGCAUAGGGGAAAUUCUCGUGCAAAUUUCAGCUGAUAUGGAUUUACAUUUAUUGUACGAAAUAAAGACUUUGAAAAAAAGUUGGUUACAUUGUUACAACGAAAAGGGAAGAAAACAGCAACGAGCAGGCUAUAGAGUUUUAUGCAAAUUCGUAUUUUCAUAAACCUGAAUGAUUAGACAAAUUAUCUGAAUGUGAGUGAAAAUUUAUUUCAGCCACUGAAUAUUAUGUUAUGUACUGUACUUUCUAUAUUUUGUAUAUUUUUGCAUUAUGUACAUUUUUGUAGUCCUAAAUUUCCUAUAGUGAAAUGCAUAAAAAUCCACAGUCUGUUAAUGAGUUUAUAAAAAUUCAAUUUCGAUUAAACAUCGACGAAUAAUCGACUAGAAACGAUCGAGCAGGUACAUUUAUCUACUUAACCUUUUUUUCCUACCACUAACCGAAUCAAACCUAACGCAGCGAACCACGAAUCGGACAAAAAUUAUUAUCAGUCUGAAUAUUUUUUAUAAAAAAGCAACACAGAAAUGAGUAUGUAGAUAUAAAAUUGGAGGGCAGAGAUUGCCAUAUAACACAUUAUCAUCAGGUUAUUACUUAAAUCGAAUUUAUUUUUCGAUAAAAUCGGGGCAUUAUUGAAAUGGCUGCUAAAGCUGCAAGUACGUAUUAAUGUACAGUUUUUUUUUUUUUUUUUUUUUUUUUAGAUAGAUCUUCCGUGAUUUUUAUAAUUAAAAAAAUGGAGAGGAGAAAAACAUAUUCUUUUUCUUUUUUGCGUGCACCACCCAAUGAAAAAAUAUUUUCUGUGUACAUAAUAUAAAUACGAUUUAGUCGAACUGAUAAGUAGCCAUGCGACAAGGACUGUGUAUACCGUGCUAUAUAGUUAAGCGAACGAAUCAUCGCGGCUGUAACGAAAUAAUCUGACAGGAAAUGUAAACGUAAUUAAGAAUUCUGGAAAUAAACUGUAUGCGUGAGCAUGA